AUGUCAACUGGUUCAAAUUUUUCAAAUAAUUAUCCUGAAGAUUGUAGUGAAGAAGAAAAUUUGCAAAUACAACUUGUUGAUAAUAUUUAUGUUAGUGAUUUAGAAGAUGAUAAUGUUGAUACUGAACAAGAAGAAAUUAUACAAAAAGUUAAAUUUAGUACUAAAGAAGCAGAUGUUUGGAAAUUUGUAGAUAAAGAAACUCAUAAAUGUUUUCAAUGUUCUAAAAUAUUUGAAUCAACAACAUCAACUAGUUCUAUUCAUAUUCAUUUACAAUAUUUGCAUAAAUUAUUAAAUAAAGAAAAAUCAAAUAUUGGAAUUAAAAAACAUUCAGCAGCAGUUCAAGCAGAAAAAACUCAAGCAAUUCUUAAAUGGAUUAUUUUAUCUCUUAAACUAUUUAAAGUAGUAGAAGAAAAGACUUUUCACAAUAUGAUUCAAAAAUUAGAUCUAUUUUACCAAAUUCCUACUC